CAGUGUGAUGAUACAAAAGCAUGUCUUAUUACUAGAGCACUUUUCACCCGUGUAGUUCAUCACAUGUCCAGUAGAUGUCGAUAUUUAUAUAGUUUAAUAAAUACCUAGUCUAGCUGAGAUUAUUUAUUUAUUUAUUUAUUUAUUUAUUUAUUUAUUUAUUUAUUUAUUUUUACUUACUCAUUUAUUAUUUUUUUUACUAAGAUAAAAUGAAGCAUUGCAGAUAGGUCUAUGGUAUUGCACAAUAAAAGCAUGUGCUUUUACACUACAGGGUGUACGGUGGCUUAGUUGUUAACACGUUCACCUCACUCCGCCACAGUUCGAUUCACUGUGGAGUUUGCAUGUUCUCCCCGUGCUGCGGGGGUUUCCUCCCCCAGUCCAAAGACAUGCAUGGGCUGUCUGAUAGGCUGAUUGACAUGUCCAAAGUGUCCAUAGUGUAUGAAUGGGUGUGUGAAUGUGUAUGUGCUGGAUUGGCACCCCAUCCAGGGUGUACCCCGCCGUGUUCCCCAUGCUCCCUGGGAUAGGCUCCAGGUUCCCCGCGACCCAGUAGGAUAAGCGGUAUAGAAAAUGGAUGAAUGGAACAGUACGCUACAAAGAAUUUGACCUCUUACAUAAUCCAUACUAUAUAUGUUUUACCAGCAGGUGGAGACAACAUAUCACAAUAAAAGGAAUGCGGGCUUUUAUUUUGAAAACACGUAGGUAUCUAAGACUUGUUGUCGUUGCUGUGUUCGCAGGUGCAAGGCUACCUGAUGACGCGUUCCGGUCUUGCACCCGCAUUGCGAGAAAUCCCGCCUCCUGCGCUAGGAUUGGCUGGCAAGAUCACGCCUUCUUCACUUAGAACCACAUACAUGUGACCAGCCAAUCCGUUGCGAGGAAGCCGGAGUGUGUUAGCCAAUCGCAUUGCGGAAGGCGGGAUUUGUCCGAAUGCGGGUCGGAGAGAUAAACUGAUUGUGCUGCGGCUGAGCGGAGGGAAAUGUCGGUGAGUAGAGGAGCUUCAGGUAUCGCUGCGUGUCCGUGUGUAUAGUCUUUCUAUGAGAAGAGAGGCUGUGAGGAAGAGAGAGAGAGGGCGCUCUGGGGGACUGUACGAGUGUGCGGUGACCUGCUGUGAGCCUCUGCGGGACUUUGGUGUGGGAUAAGCGGGGUUCCAGGAGCUGUGACCGGAUUGACAGAGAGAGGGAUUCACUGACACCAGAGCAGAAGCAAGGGGAGAUUUGCAUAGCCAGAGCGCUGAGAGCCGCCAGUCCCGGACCUGUGUGUGUGUGUGUGUGUGUGUGUGUGUGUGUGUGUGUACGCGCACGCGCGCGCCCCCCUGCCUGCCUGCCUGGAGACUCGCACUGCACCUGGUGAGCAGUGGGAGAGCAGCAGAUGUCCGGCUACAUGGAGGCCCGAGCUCUUCACGCAGUGACGAUCUGAGUGUCGGGAGAGAGUGAGGAUGCUGGGGGAGGGGAGAGUAGUGGAGGAAUGGCUUUCAGAAUUCAAGACAUUACCCGAGUCUCAAUUCUCCAGCUACGCGAGCUCUCUCUAUCGGAAGAAGAAUCUGGUUCCGGCCCUCUACAGAGUCAUCCAGGACCCCCACAGUGAGCUUUUGGAACCAGUGUGCAAUCAGCUGUUUGAGCUGUACCGAAACUCAGAUGCCCGCCUGCGGCGCUUCACCCUGCAGUUCCUGCCCGAGCUGGUGUGGGUUUACCUGCGAUUCACAGCCAGCAGGGAGCGCCAGAUCAACGGCUGCAUCGAGGCUCUGCUGCUGGGCAUCUACAACCUGGAGAUUGUAGACAAAGAGGGAAACAGCAAGCUGCUGUCCUUUACCAUUCCUUCACUGUCUAAGCCAUCUAUAUAUCACGAGCCCUCCAGUCUCGGUUCCAUGGCACUGACAGAGGGAGCUCUAAGUCAGCAUGAUCUAAUCAGAGUGGUUUACAGCGGCCUGCAUCCCCAGAGAGAGACCUUCACCGCUCAAAACAGGUUCGAGGUGCUGUGUUUCCUCAUGCUGUGCUACAACUCAUCCAUGGUGUACAUGCCCUCCUCGUCAUACCAGGCCGUGUGCCGCAUGAGCUCACGGUUGUGUGUGUGUGGGUUUCCACGGCAGCAGCAGAAGACAUGGCGGGAACCCUGUAACCGCGUGAUACUGGACGCUGAGUUCAUGGUGCAGAUGCUCACUGCCAUCUAUCAUGCAAUUUAUAAUGGGGAGUGGGAUCUCGGGAGAGAGGCGCUGGAUGAUAUCUUGUACAGAACCCAGCUGGAACUCUAUUCUGAACCUCUACUGUUGGGGAAUGCGAUGAAGAACUCCUUGCCAGACAGCGCUCCGGAUGGUUCUCAAGGGAAGAAGGUACUGCAGGUGGAGGUGACUCCUACUGUCAGAAGGAUCUCUCGCUCUGCUGUUACUGCAGCCUCGAUUCGUAGACUUCGCUGGAAGAGAGAAGAUUGUUUUGACUUCUCGACCGAGGCCGAGUUCAACCUCUCCAUCCAUUCCGGCCUUCACGCUUCCAUGGAGCCGGCAGCCAAUCCCGUGAGAGGAGGGAGGGGCAUACUCACAGUCACACUUGAGGAUGCUGAUGGCAUGAGUGGAGGCGAAGAGUCCUUCAACCUAAACGAUCCCGAUGAAGGGUUCUCCUCUGGAGCGUCCAACAGCAGCCAGCCGAGCACAGGCAGACCCGCAGGGAGUGGAGGAGGGCGGGCCAGCACGCAAAAGAGCUCCAAGAAGAGCAGCUCAAGUCGCACACACCGGGAAAAAGAGAGAGAUGUCUCGGCUGAGAAACAUAAAGAGCCGCAGCACCCACAGAGAGCUCAGUCUCCCCCGCCUGCCAUCACACUGGACACCAUUGAACUGACCCCCAUGAAGAAGACGCAGAGCCUGAGCCGGACCUGCAGCAUGAACGCCGGAGUGUGCGGAGAGCAGGAGGACGGAGGAACAGGCGGAGGACUCGGAUCCGGAGGAGGAGCAGGAGGAGCGCACCGCCUUUCUAGCCUCAGUCUGAAAGAGGAACAUCUGGUGCGGCCUGAUGGGGGGAAAGACCUGCUGUCUCCUGGAGCUCCUCUUACCAAGCAGUCUCGCUCGCCCAGCUUCAACAUGCAGAUCAUAUCACAGGUGUAGCUCACACACCUGCAACAAAAUCAUCUCAUCUGCUUCCUGUUUCUCUCCAUCCAUUUUUUUUUUAAGCAGAACCCUGAUCACUGGGGUGGGUCUGUCUCUCUUUCUCUCUCUCCCUCUUUUUUCUUUUUUUUUUUUUUUUACCCAUUUUAUGCAAAUCUGAAUUGGCGCAAAUGAAACGGCAGUAAAAUAUGGUUUAUUUGGGCUGAGGUAGAAGUGUUGGAUAAAUAAAAGGCUGACCCUACAGCCAUAUUAUACACUAUACAGAAUAUACAAAAUGAACAAUGUUUGAUGGAAAUUUGUAAGACAUUUCUAAAAUGUUUGGACGGAAACAUAACCUUUCUUCUCUAUGUCUCUCCUCCUCUCUCUAUGUAUUUUCCUCAGACCAAAUUAAGCAUUCCACUUUUAACAGACCAAAACAGAGCGAUGUUUUGGAUUUGGAUGCACCACCUGGUCAGGUCUCCUGGUCAGAAUCUCCACUUUGUCGACAAUUUAUCCACACCUGGCCAGACGUUUUGAAAUAAAACUGACCAGUGGAGAUGUCUUGAACAUACUGCCUCAUGAAUGCUUAACAGAAACAACACAGGCUAGCGAAGUCAUUUUUGACAUAGAAGCGUUAUUAGAUGAACUUUAAGCCCCAAUGUUUCAGGGGUGAAUACAGGCCAGUCUCCAUUAUUAAAACUAUUACCUGUGUUUCGAGUUUGGCAUUGAGUGUUUUAACCACUUUUGAGGCAGUGGAGAUAGAGGUUGAGUUAAUAUGGCUCUAGCCAUUAGAGAUAAGGCAUAUUAUAUUAUUUAUUGUUAUGGGAUCUUCAGAGAUUAGUCUAUAUUUUUAAAAAAAAAAAAAAAGUAAGCAAUAAAUCUUAGGUUGUUCAUCUGACACAAAGCAAUCAUUGCUGUGUCUCAGUAUGCAUUCCUGCUGAACUCCUGGGUCCUGUGCAAUUUCUAUCAAGGUCUUAUAUUUAUUAUUAUUAUUAUUAUUAUUAUUAUUAUUAUUAAUAUUAAAAUUAAAACGUACAGAUGUUUAGUUAUUUUCAUUUCUACGUUCCGUCCCACAGACGGCUGUAUUUAUACUAUUAAAUCUUUUCAUUUUAAAUGUCUUUAUAAAAAAAAAAAGUCUAUCAUUAUCUGCGACCUUGAUUUUGCUUUUUUUUUUUUUUUUUUUUUUUUUUUAAAAAUCUACAUAAUCUAUUAAUAUAUGGUUUGACCUGUAUGAUUUAAGUUUUUUUUUGUUCAUUAAUCAACCUGUUUGAUCAAACACCGAUGUAUUUUUGUUGACUUCUAGUUGUUUUUCGAGUUGUCUGUCUCAAAUACCAGAGGCCAAGAUGUUUAAGAAUGUUGUCGGUGUGAUUGUGUUGACGAUCUGAACCCAAGCAGGAGAAUCAUAAUGUGUGGUGAAAAGAAAACGCUGCCGAGUCGAACGAUAUUUCAUGCAUACUCCGAGAACCUUUCUGGACUCCCGCUGAGUGGGCGAACAUUUCUCACAACCUUCCUCGUCGAGAGAUUUGUGAAGAAGCGUAAGAAGCGUGAUUCUGAUGUGCUGGUGUCAAACACACAUGGUAAAGCUGUAAUAUCCUGUAUUACCCUCAGAAGUCCUGGUGUGUGUGUGUGUGUGUGUGUGUGUGUGUGUGUGUGUGUGUGUGUAUUGUGUUUUGUGUCAGGAAAUCAAACAGGGAUCCUUGAUUCAUUAGUUCUACCUCGUCUUCUAUCCAUCAGGCGUUCAAACACUGGACUCUUACGCUGUCUAGUUGUGUGCUGAAAAAUCCCUGACAAUGACUGAAGAUUUAUCCCUGAAUGUUUAGUCAUGGUUCUUCUGUCCUAAAUCAUUUCAUUUAAGGCCUGUUUUACUAUGUUUAUAUUCUUUCGAUGGUGCAUUGAACCAGAAACUCCAUCUAGUGGUCGAACCCGAUGACAUUUUGUUCUUGCUGGAUAAUCAUAAGCGUGUAGGUGUCAGUCCUUUGCAUGUGUGGGUUUUUUUUUUUUUUCGCCCGUUAGCCAGUUUGCAUGCACGACAUGCUUUAGCUGUUUGAUUUUAGACCUUCAUUCACUGAGCAGAACUUCAGUUCAGUAAUCGCUGUCACUGCACAUUUGGUUAAUGUGAAUGCUGGCUUUCAUCCAUCAUGCUGUUUAGUAUACACAGAGUAGAUGUGUGCAUCGGGACUGGAAACCCACGGAACCCAACAAAAGUCAUACAUUUUUUACUGUCUUUACUGCAGAAGGUUGGGGAGUACAGUAGAACCAAAUAAUUUCAACAAAAAAAUAUAUUGCGGGCAUUAACAUAAAAAGAUAAAAAAUAAUAAUAACUGCAAGACCUGAAGAGAUUAGUCAAUAUUUCUGUAGGAGUAGACAGGUUGGUCAAACUUUAUGCAAUAGUGUUGGGAUUAGUCAAAAUUUCUGCAUUGGACAAAGUUUCUGCAAGAGCAGGAGAGAUUACUGUGGGAACAGGCGGGGUUUGAUUAAACAUUCUGUUUCUAUGGGAGUUGGAAGAAUCAAUCAAACUUUCUUCAGGAGUGGAUGGGAUUGGUUGAGCUUUCUGCAAGAGCAGGAGGGACUACAGUAGGAACAGGCGGGAUUAGUCAGAAUUUCUGCAGGAGCAGACUAGGAAAGUUGGUCAGGUUUUCUGUGGGAGUGGAAGGGAUUAGUCAAACUUUCUGUGGGGUAGGUGGUAUUAGUUGGACUCUCUCUGGGGGAGCAGGUGGGACUAGUCAAACUUUCUGCAGGAUUGGUCAGGUUUUCUGAGGGCGUGGACAGGAUUGGUCAGACUUUCUGCAGGAGCAGCCGUUAUGGUUUGACUUUCUGCAGGAUUGUACAGGAUUGGUCAGACUUUCUGCAGGAGAAGAUGGGAUUGGUCAGACUUUCUGCAGGAGAAGGUGGGAUUGGUCAGACUUUCUGCAGGAGAAGAUGGGAUUGGUCAGACUUUCUGCAGGAGAAGAUGGGAUUGGUCAGACUUUCUGCAGGAGCAGGCGGGAUUAGUUAGACUUUCUGUGGGACUGGGUGGAAUUAGUCAAAAUAUUUGCAGGAGCAGGUGGGAUUGGUUCGACUGUAUGCAGAAUCAAGGAUUGGGCAAUUUUUUGGCAUGAGCAGACGAGAUUACACAAACCUCGCAGGAGAACUGGCGGAAUUGAUUAAACAUUCUGAGGAAGCGUGCAGGAUUAAUAAAAGUUUCGGAUGGUACAAGCAGGAUUCGUCAGACGUUUUGCUGUAGCAGGUGGGAUUGUUUAAACUUGUUGCAGGAGCAGCUGGGAUUAGUCAGACUUUGUGAGGGAGAGGGCGAGAUCGCUCAGAACUCAUUUGGGAGUGGGAUUUAAAAACCAGCCUCUGUGCACACUUCUGCCAGUGAGACCUUAAUGCCUCUUCAUCUCACGUCUUAUCUGAUGUGCCAACAUCCUCCUGAGAAUGACUGCUUUCACAGUCUUGUCUUAUGUGGAAUUUUUUUUUUUUUGGACCAUUUGGUUUAAUAGCAGUCUUAGUUUAAAUAUGUAAGUUCAAGAAGAUGUGGUGUAUUUGGAUCAACGUAUAACAGUGUCUUAUAAAUCUAUAAUGUCACCCAUGCUGAGAUUUUCUUUUCCUUUUUUUUGUGAAGAUGUGUAUGUACCCAUCUAUGGUAUGUAUGUGGUGUAGAUCUACAGAUGUGUGUUAUUCCUGUAGGUUUGGUUUUUAUUUUGUGUGUGCCAGGAGAGCACAGCCUAUCUCUUCAAUCUGCCAUGAUCUUUAGAUAGAUUUAUGGGUUUUUAAGGUCGUGCGGUCGGUGUACGUGUAUGGCAGAGCUUCUGGACAAACCGUUGAGAUGAUCUCUUACUCUACAGCCCUGAUUUGUUUAAAUCUGCUUUUCCGAACUGAGCAGUAUGGUAAAAGUGACUUGACGAAAUUGUGUUAGGAUGAGAUUUGCUGUAAUAUUUUGUUAUAAACUGUCUUAACCUCCUCUCGGUGACGUGGAGGACUGCUGGUCUGUGCAUUCGCUGUACGGUUUGUUCUCAUCAGAGUUCUUCACCUCACUGUACUGUAUAUUUUGUGGUGUGUUUCACUGCUCUCACGCAUUUAUCCUCAUGAAGGCUUCGUUAUUGGAUUGAAUGAGGUGAAGACUGAAAAAUCCAGGUCUGUAGUUGGAACACAAUCUGAGACCGCUUUCAGAAAAAAGGUCCUGAACUGUACUUAUGCUCGUCACUGGGAUGGUAACCUCAAGGACACAUCCUCGGUAUCUACUAUCUUGACUUUCACUUAAAAAGUGAAUGUUUUUAAAUGUACCUUUAAAACUUGUGUUGCGUAAUUGGAGCACCGCUGUACCUUUCCAAAUGUGCAUUGUAUUCACUGUUGAAGCUCCAGGCAAAAGAUAUACUCUAUAUGAAAGGUACUAAAGGUGUAUCCUUGAUGGUUUUACAGUUGGUACAGUUUAGUCAUUUUUUUCUGACUGUGUGGACAGCAGCUGUCAACUUCGAUUACAGAUUUUUUUUUUUUUGUUUGUUUGUUUGUUUGUCUUUUAUGUCGAAAGUUAAAUGAACAGUUUGGCCAAAAAUGAAAUGUACACUUUUCACCUUUACCCCAAAUGUACUUGAUCAUCCAGGGCAUGUUUGGUGUUUGAGGUUUGCACAUACUCGACUUAAAAGACUUUUUGGGAAGUGGUGGUGCAAUGCUCAAGGCUCUAGGCUACUAAUCAGAAGGUAAUGAGUUUAAAUCGCAGCACCGACACAGUCACAGUUGGGUCCUCGAGCAAGACCUUUAACCAUUAAUUGCUCAGAUGGCUCCUGUCUCAACUGUAGAUCAGCUAAUGAGACAAUGCCUGGCUCGGCAAUAACGUUUAUAAACACGUAAACGACUUCACGGAGAAAAUAUACAAAUUCAAUUGGAACUGCGUUAUCUUGAAAAUCACUUAAUCUACAAUUCUGUCUUUAAACAUUAGGCCACGCCUCCUACUUGAAUCUGAUGCCCAGAGUGAUAUCAAACUUUGCCGAAAAAGAGAGAUUCUUGCUUCGGUUUGGCCAUUCCAAUAUUUGUUAUUUUUGUUUGUUAUUCAACAUCCGUUUGUACAUUUUUAAUUCAGUUUAAUGAUGCAAGUAUAUGAUGAUUUAUGGAGGUUUUUUUGGGGGGCGGUGGGGUUGCACAACGCUAUCUUCAGCCACCAAUCUCCUUGGCUCAAUAACUACAAUUGUGGUAAUUGGGACAUCAUGUCAGUUUUCAUUUUUGGUGAAGUAUCUUGUUGGUUAUAACAUGGAUGUGUACUAUCAGUGUCCCUUCUCCUGUUCUCACUCAGACCAAACUGCUAACAGAGAGACGUGUGUUUAGUCCACCCUCUUUGUCUCUUGGUGAUUGGGUUGCAUGUGAUGAGUGUGGGCCUUCUUUUCAUACGAUGCACUUUAUCCAGUCUUUGAUGUUGUGGGUGACUGACAAUAGAUGUAUAUUUGUGUGUGUGUGUGUGUGUGUGUGUGUGUGUGUGUGUGAGAGAGAGAGAGAGAGAGAUAGAGAGAGAGAGAAAAUGUGUGCAUUUGAAACAGAACGGAAGUGAAUGCCAACUCCUACUACAGACUACUCAGCUACUAUUACAGCGGAACGCACACCGUUCCUCACAAUCCAAAUACUCUCCGUUUGGUGUUCUUCAGGUGUUCUUCCUUCUUCUCUACACCCAACAGUUGGUCGUUUCUACUGUUUUUAUUUCAAACGGAUUCUAUGCAACUUGAGGUUGUUGGGUGUUUUUUGUUGUUUUUUUCCCCCUAAAUCUCUGGGUAGCUGGUAGGUUUUAGCUGGAAUGCAUGUGCGAGUUCCUCCUCAGGUCCUUCAGCGAGGAACCACAUCAGAGUUGCUGCUGUUUCAAGCAAAUAAUCUCUUGGUUUUAGGGUAAGAGGUAAUAGGUGUGUGUGUGUGUGUGUGUGUGUGUGUGUGUGUGUGUGUGUACGUACGUUUGUGCACGUGUGUGUGUGUCUUAAAAAAAAAAAAUAAAAUCAGUAAAUAAAAGUUUCUAAGUCAGUUGGACCUUGUUGAGCUUGCAGGUUUCUUUAACUUGAUCUUCAGGAGCCUGAAACAGAGGUAUGGUGUUAUGUAGUUAAUGGAAUGAGUGGUUACGCUGUACAAAAGGAUUUCAACCGAAAGAUGUAAAGCAGAGCUGUAACAAAGCAAUUUCCGAAGUGAAAUACUGUACCAUUGAUGUAAAUGGAAAGAUUAUUUUAAAUCCUUGUAAAUAAAACUGUACAAAAAGAGCAAUCGUGAGAUGUUAAUAUCAGUCUGCGAUGCAGGAAAAUAUAGAUCUGUAUAUUGGUGAAUAAAUCUUGUGCUGUAACC